CUGGUGUGUGUGGCCACAGCUCGUGACCACCACUACGGCAACCAAUUUGACGAGUUUAAGGCCCAAUACCAGCGCCUAUAUGAAGGCGCCGGCGAAGAGUCGGCCCGUCGGGCCAUUUUCACGGAGAACUACGAACGCAUAAUCGCCCACAACCUCGAGGCCGACGCCGGCCAACACACCUACCGAUUGGCCGUCAAUCAGUUCGCCGACUGGACUAACACCGAGUAUAGGCGGUCGCUGUUGGGCUAUAAGCACCGGCAACAGCCGCACAACGUGUCGGUCUAUACGGGCACCGGAUUCGCAGCCCUACCCGACACUGUCGACUGGCGUACCAAAGGUGUGGUCACACCCGUGAAGAACCAAAAACAGUGCGGCUCGUGUUGGGCAUUCUCGGCCGUGGCCAGCAUCGAGGGCCAGCACGCGCUCAGCACCAGUAAACUAGUGUCUCUAUCGGAGCAAAACCUGGUCGACUGUUCCCGAGCGGAGGGCAACGAGGGGUGCGAAGGGGGUCUAAUGGACGACGCGUUUGAGUACGUGAUCAAAAACAAGGGCAUCGACACCGAACAGUCGUAUCCCUACCGGGCCAUCGACGAGAAGUGUCUGUUUAAGCCCCGGUCGGUCGGCGCCACAGUCACCGGCUUUAAAGACAUACAGUCGGGCUCGGAGUCGGCCCUACAGUCGGCUGUGGCCACAGUGGGGCCCAUAUCGGUGGCCAUCGACGCCUCCAGCUUUACUUUCCAGAUGUAUAGCUCAGGUGUUUAUAAUGACAAGUCGUGCGGCAAUAAACAAGAGGACCUAGAUCAUGGGGUGACCGCUGUGGGUUAUGGUUCGGCCCUACAGUCGGCUGUGGCCACAGUGGGGCCCAUAUCGGUGGCCAUCGACGCCUCCAGCUUUACUUUCCAGAUGUAUAGCUCAGGUGUUUAUAAUGACAAGUCGUGCGGCAAUAAACAGGAGGACCUAGAUCAUGGUGUGACUGCUGUGGGCUAUGGUGUGUUUGAGGGCAAACCAUAUUGGUUGGUGAAAAAUUCAUGGGACACCACGUGGGGUCAAAAGGGCUACAUAUUCAUGUCCAGGAAUCAGGAUAACCAGUGCGGUAUCGCCACCGAUAGUAGCUUUCCUACCGGGGUUAAA